AUGGGUCAGCAUCAGCCCGGGUUCCACCGGUUGUGUCCCCAGGGUGAACGCGGAGCAGGCUGGAGCUCCGUGUAUGCCUUCCCUGGGAUGCCGGAACCCUCGGGGGCCAAGCAGCCCUCCGAGCACGAGGACACCGAGGGACAUCGUUCCCAGAGGCGGCUGGCGGGCGGCAGGGGCGCAGAAAUAGAGCCCUUUGAAGAGGUGAUCUGCAGCAGCUUGACCUUUCUGGCACAUCCCUUCCCUCUAAACCAUCACCUGAUGGUGCACCUUGUGCCCGGAGCUGGCUUUGGCACGGGUGCUCCCAGCUUUGUGUCUGAUCAGGAGACACAGCACACGACUUCUUGCAAGCCAAGGCUUUGCAUUAAACACUUGGAAGUGUGUUUGGUAUGCAGAGAGGAGAAAUAUGAUUAUUAUAACCUGCCAAAAACCUCUGUUGUGAUAGCUUUUUAUAACGAGGCUUGGUCAACGCUUCUGCGAACUGUUCACAGUGUUCUUGAGACAUCUCCGGAUAUACUUUUGGAAGAAAUUAUCCUUGUAGAUGAUUACAGUGACAAAGAACAUUUAAAGGAGACUUUGGAAAACUACGUGGCUGGCCUACGCAAGGUGCGUCUUAUCCGCGCAAAUAAGAGGGAGGGGCUGGUCCGAGCCCGGCUGCUGGGGGCGUCUGUGGCCAAAGGAGACAUCCUGACGUUCCUGGACUGCCACUGUGAAUGCCAUGAGGGCUGGCUGGAGCCACUGCUGGCAAGGAUUGCUGAAGAAGAAACAGCUGUUGUCUGCCCUGUUAUUGAUGUUAUUGACUGGAACACAUUUGAGUACUUGGGAAAUGCCGGUGAGCCACAGAUUGGUGGAUUUGAUUGGCGCCUGGUCUUCACUUGGCACAGUAUCCCUGAAAGAGAACAAAAACGGAGGAAGUCCAAGACUGAUGUGAUCAGGUCUCCAACCAUGGCAGGUGGAUUAUUUUCUGUGAGCAAGAAGUACUUUGAUUAUCUUGGUUCCUAUGACACAGGAAUGGAAGUCUGGGGAGGAGAAAACCUUGAAUUCUCAUUUAGGAUAUGGCAGUGUGGAGGAAGUCUUGAGAUCCAUCCUUGCUCCCAUGUAGGUCAUGUUUUCCCCAAACAAGCCCCAUACUCACGGGUCAAAGCUCUGGCAAACAGUGUGCGUGCAGCUGAAGUGUGGAUGGAUGAAUAUAAACAACUUUAUUACCACCGAAACCCACACGCUCGCCUGGAACCAUAUGGAGAUGUGACAGAAAGGAGACUUCUACGAGAGAAGCUGAAAUGUAAGGACUUCAAAUGGUUUUUGGAGAACGUGUAUCCAGAACUUCACGUACCCGAGGACAGACCAGGCUUCUUUGGAAUGCUGAAGAAUAGAGGAAUGGAAAACUUCUGCUUUGAUUAUAAUCCUACAAAUGAACAUCAAGUAACCGGACAGAGGGUCAUACUCUACCCAUGCCAUGGCAUGGGACAAAAUCAGUUUUUCGAGUACACAUCCCACAAUGAAAUACGUUACAACACGCGGCAGCCGGAAGUCUGCGCAGCCGUUGAUUCAGGAACUGACUACCUGACGAUGUACUUGUGUCAAGAAAAUGCCCACAGUGUUCCUGAAAACCAGAAGUUUAUUUUCAGAGAGGAUGGUACCUUGUUUCACCCACAAACCCAGAGGUGCUUACAAGCCGAGGCAAACGCUUACAAUGGGAACCCAGUACCAUUGCUACAACCUUGCACCAACUCGGACUAUCAAAAAUGGUUCUUCAAAGAAAAAAGUUGAUCCAGAUGUUGUCUAGGAUAUAGCUGAAUACAAAAUAAUGUGCUCUUUCUAGUCAGCCUUUUGAAAAGCUCAUAAGUGAUAUAUUUUUGUAUGGAAAGAACUGUAAUUAGUUGACAAGCCUUGGAUCUCGUUUCCUGGAGCUUUAGAAGGCACUAAGUACUGAGAGCUUCAUAAAGUGCCACAGAAUCUGCUCCUUUUUAUUUGGCAGCUACAUAACUGCUUCUGAAGUGUCUUAGGUUCUUUACAUGUGACAUUUUUUUAAUCUGCUGUGUGGAAGUAAGGCAGUCACAGAAAUUGCACUAAUGUUAAUCUGCCAAUAACUUAAAAUGUUUAUUUUUCUACUAAAACAUUCUCAAGUUGGAUUUUUUACAGAUAGUAGUUAAUAAUUGUUCUUGUCUUUUAAAUACCAAGAACGUAAAUGUAGGCCAUAUUCUGCCCUAAGUCACUACCAGAAAGCCCUUACUGAAGACAAUGUGGAUUUACACAUAAAGGCAGAGUAUGACUGCAUGGUUUUGCACAAAUAACAAUCUAGUUGCAUACAAAUUGCACAUGCUUGACAAUACCAUACCUUAACUGAUCUGACAAUUUUAGAUGUUCAUGGCACUUGAAAAGUUUCUAAUCAUGCUUAAGAUGGUUUGGGAGUAAAAUGGGGAUUUUCUCAUCUUUCUUAAAGGCAGAAGGCAACAAUAUUUAAAGGUGAUGCUUUGGGAAAACCUGUUUUGAUUCAUAUGGGCCCAGCUAUGUGGCUGCAUCCUAGAAUCCACAACCAACUUUAACGUUAUGUGGAUUUUCAAUGUGCAUAAAACUUUCAAAAUAAUAAUAUCAACAAUUACUUUGUAAAAAUUUGAAAAUUACAGUUAGAGAAAAUGAGUCUUAACAUUUAAGAGUUUAAAUGAUUCGUGGAAAAAAUAUUUUUAAAACAGUUUUGCAACUGAUUUCUGUGAAAUUCAGCUAAUAUUAAUACAAAAAUUAUUGUCUUUGAGGUAUAACUUGCAUUUUGUCUGGGAGCUCCUUUUAGAUGAGUUAACCCUGCAUGUGGUCCUGCUGAAAACAGGAGGUGUAUCUGCAGCAGUCCAGGAUGGUUUGUGCCCUGGUGUGUGGGAUCUGCCUUGCCCGGUCAGACAAGGAGUGUGUAGCAACGUGUCUGGCCAUCGACCAUCAGCAUUACCGUGUUGAUUAGAAGGGUUUCAGCUCAUAAGAGGAGUUUCUUUCCCUGUCAGAUGAAGGAAUGCUUAUGUGUAGAAGGAUGAAAAAAUGUCAACCUUUUUCCCCCCAGAACUCUGGGCAUCUGUUUUGAUUAGUUUGGUCCAGAUCCCUACAGCACCUGGGAGAAGACAGCUUCAUUUUAUGGUGCCUCAAGUUCUGUUUCCUGAACUCAGUAGUUCUUCUGUUCACCUGGUAGCAGCAGUGGUUUAUAUUUUGUGGAGCCACAAAUCAAAAGUGAGUGGCUGCAUGAGAGAACAGCAAGGAUUUUCUACCAAUUUCUGCUUUGCCUUCUUGACUGCUGAUUGAACCAUGUUAGUUGCUGAUAAAAGCCCAGCUGCUAGAAUCACAGCCAAAGCUCUCACUGACCUCCAUUCUCAGUGAGGUUUUCUUAGUCUUGGGAUUUCAAGAUUUCAUCAUCAGAUGGUGGUAUGCAAGUGAAACUUAGUAAGUGGAAAUUAUUUCCUAUACAUCUUCUCACUUUGCCCUUGUUUAGAAGGAAGUAUUGGUGUUUUUGGCUUCCUGCAGCUAAGAUGUUUUCACAUAUGCCAACAAACCUGCCAGCCUGGCUUGCAUAUUUGCUAGACAAACACAGUUGAGUUGAAAAGCAAACACCGAACAUUAGCGAUGCCACCAGCUUGCUCCCUCUGUGUUGGCCUUCUAGUCCAUCCACUUACCAUUUUUUAUUCUUGACAGCCUUUUCUUCUUCUCAACUCACCGGAGUUGAGAUGAAUUAAUGCCUGGCUUCAGGUUUGGAGGGUGAAGGACUCCAUCAAGCAUCUGAGUCAUGAAGAACAUCUUCAGACUUCCUUUAACAUCUCCAGACUUCCUUUUGCAGGUCAGGGUUACCUGCUGAGGAAUGGACUGUGGGCUUCGGGCUUCUCCUGAGCACAGAUAGGGCUGGAUGUCUCAUAGAAAUGGAAAAACUGGAGGAUUUCAGUUCCAAAUUAAUGCUUAUUUCUUAGUCUUUCUAUUCCUGUAUUUUUUAUUUUUAUUUUUUUAGAAAGCCAUCCAGACUACAGUCAGGUACCUAAUUAUCAUAUUUAUUUGAAAUGAUCAGAUAGUGAUUUUGACUUUUUUUUCAUUUACUUAUUUACCAAUUUCCUUUCAUUUAAAAAUUGUGGGUCUUCAACAUGGGCUAAAACUUAUUGGAUUUUCAGUUCAACAGAAGACAGUACAUGAA